AUAAACGACUGGAUUUCUAGAUUAACACUCGACACUGAUUUCCUCCUGUAAUCCUGAGUUGAACUGUCUUAUCCUGGACAUCAUGGAGCUGGUGAAUGAGAGUCCGUCUUUUAAGGACUUGGUUUGCAAAGUCCUUGAGGUUCACAAGAGCAGAACUGAUCCUCCUCGUUUACUAAAGAACGGCUCUCAGUUUAAGAAGAACCUGGAAGUUAUUAUAUCUCAGAAGCCGCCACCGGACUCCAUCCUCUGUUCGAAUGCAGGACAGACUAGACAUCAGGCUUGUGUGAAUAACGUACCAUGUGCUGGCCAAGCAUUGAGGAACGCUGUCUUAUCCAAUUGCCAGGAUAACUGGAAAACACAUGUUAAACUUGCCAAAAUUAUCAGGAGGACGUAUAUUGGUAUAGAGCUGGUGGAAUGGCUGAUGGACCAUUGCGAAUUCAUCCAAAACAGGGAAAUAGCUUCCAAAAUCUGGAAUGUUCUCCUAGAUUUGGGCAUUCUGCUUUCAGUGGAGCAGAACAAUAUAUUUGAGGACUCCAGGUCUUUAUACCAGUUCACCUUUAAGGAAUGUGAGGCCCAGAGCUGUGAUUUCAGAAAUCAGGUCAACUGGCGGAGUGCAGUGCAUCUGCUCCUUCAGCUGGUCCCACACGAGCAGCUCUGUGGUGGAACCCAGAGGCGCUGUAAAGAAGAUAAACAGAAAACACCUGAUGCUUGUAAUCCAGUUCUUCAAAUGAGGGCAUUGGAGCAUUUCACCUCAACAGUGCAGAAUGAACUGUUGGCAGCACUGGCUCGCAAGGCGCAGACAAAAUCAAUGGAGGAGGACAGCAAUCCACAGCACAAUACUGACACCCCGGGAUCCUCUUCUACUCCUGCUGUGCUCAAGCAGGUCCCUGGAGCGGGGACACGAGACCGAGAGGAGAUCAGCCGUUUGGAGAUGGUCCAGAGACUGGCCAAGGAUGGAUGCCGACUUCUGCACAGCCCGCUGAGAGUCAAUGAAAGGCCUGCUGAGUUUGUGGAGUGUAUUUGCAGAGGCGAGGAUUGGGACAAUGUAAGAUACAGAUAUGAAAUGAAGUAUAUGUUGUGUGGUCUGUUGUUAUGUCAUUUAAGCUAAAUAUUAUUUUCUGUCUUUAAUAAAGUAAUGGUUUGUUUUCUA